UCGGAGGCUGAGUGUCGGAUGACUGGCUCCCAAACCCUACUCCUGUUUAAUAUUCCUCCCCGCUCUCUUCAUGUUGUGCUUGGCUCCGGUGGGAUUGGAGCUCACGUCUUGGAACCGAAGCCAAUUUUCUGUCUUAAUCUCCAAAUGUUGUGACUGGAGGCAGAUCCAGUUCAGUCCGAGUGGAAACUACCAAAGCGCUGCUCUGCUCUUCACAAAGAAGACGGAGAGACGGCUCGCUGGUCGACUGGGAAAGAUGACAUAGAAGUGACCCGACCAAAACAAAAAGGACUUUUAUAUAAACCAUUGCAUUCUUCACACAAGGAAAGGGUGUAUUCAAAUAUUUCCUAUUCCAGCUCUGCCAGAGAACCUUCCUCGCCUUUACCUGGAGAAUACACGAGAUCGCUGGUUAUAAGAGAUGACUGUGGUUCUGUCCAUGAACAGAUUCUGCAGCCCCAUUACCUCUGAGGGUGCUAGUGACAUUGCGGACUACAGGAGUGUGUGGGAGUCCCAGGACAACACAGACAGAUCCUCCACCUCUCUCCAUGCCCAGCACCAGGAGUACAGACUAUGUGACCCUUCUGCAGAGUCACAUAACAGGGGAGUUUCACAUCCCAAAACUGCAUCCAAGAAUACACACUUUAAAAGGAAAUAUGUAGAAGAGGAUUAUCAUCUGCGGCUCAGCAGCUGUAGUCAUAAAAAUGUAUCUGUCUUUGAGGAGAGGGCCCAUGUUCUCUACAUGUCCUUGGAGAAAUUAAAAUUCAUCGAUGAUCCAGAAGUAUUCUUGAGAAGGUCGGUCCUCAUCAACAACUUGAUGAAAAGGAUUCACGGAGAGAUCUUACUGCAGAACAACUGGUGUUUCUCCGCCUGCGCUCUGGGAUCAACGUCGGCACAGGAGUGGUUUGUGCCCCAGGACUGCCCUUACCGCAAACGCCUUCGGAUAGCCAAGGAUGACAGUAGCCUUCAGACAUGUUGUUUUUACCAGGAAUGUGGGGGCCAUUAUCUAAACAUUCCUUUGACUGUUAAUGCAAAUGGAGGGCAUGCCGCAGCUUCUUCGCUAUCCAGCAGUAACCUGUCCUUGCCAGGAUGCUCUCACCACUUGGAUUACAACUCAGCAGAUGUUGCUUCCUACAGGAACAACAUCCAGGGGCCUUCAUGUGGUGGUUUUGUGACUAAUGCACGACUUCCUCAUAAGCUAAACUUGCACGAGGAAGAAACGGCAGAGGAAAAACGAAGCCUUCUCAACUCAGGCUGUGAUGGCGCAACCGCAGGUGGGGCUUUUGAACGCAGAGGUCGCAUUUAUGACUUUUUGGCAGCUGGUUGCAGCGAAAAGUCUAGCAUAAGUGAACCAUGGAAAAAAUCUCUGCGGAAGAAAGAGGUUUCUCCGGGCAACAAACUCUGCUGUAAUAAAGGGAACAAAAUGUGAGCACUGUAAUUUUGGUGAAAUUCUGGUCUAUGACUUUUUUAUGUCACUCAGAAGUGGGGUUUCUGUUACGCAGUGGAAAAAAAAAAAGUUUUUUUGUAGCUUUAUAUGGUGAUGAGAAUCCCAAUGCGCAAGGGAUUUCUGAUAUGAAAAAUAAUGUCAGUGUUUUUUAUUUGUGUUAUAAGAAUUUUUUUCAAAAUCUGUUAAAAACAGGUAACCAGUUAUAUUUUUGGUUUUCGGUACGGCCCAUGUCUUGGGCAUAUGAAAUGAAGAUGGUUUUCUAGUCUGAAUCUGUGCCUCAUUUAAGGGGGUUUCCACUUUACACUGCAGGGCUCAUGAGGCCUAUGCCAUUGUUUACAUUUUUUUGUGGACUUCUUGUGGCCAUAGCUCACCUGAAAAAGGCGAGCAAUGCUUCCAAUUUCAACCAUCCCUUGCAAUAACCUGGUCAUUUCCAACUUAGUA